AUGAAGAGCUUGAGGAGAGAUGUCUCUUCCAAUCCUCAAGCCGCCAAUGUCGCCAGCAAAGUCUUCGUGCGAUCCACCAAGAGCGGAAAAGUGCAGAAGAUUGUUCGGGAGCUCUAUUUGAGACAAGAUAUUCCCUGCUCAUCCAAGCUUUGCUCAUCCUGCCCUUCGAUCGCCCCUGCCGAUGCGAAUGGAAACAUUGCUCCAUUUGUCCUGUCUGAUCGGCCCGCCGGCACCAAGGCUUUCCCUCGCGGCCAUUACCUCGUUCCCGAUACAAAUGCGCUUCUAAAUGGAAUGGACCUUUUCGAACACACUGGCGCAUUUUACGAUGUUAUUAUCCUCCAAACCGUCCUUGAAGAGCUUCGGAACCAGUCAUUGCCUCUUUACAACCGCCUGUUGUCGCUGAUCAAGACCGAUGAGAAGCGAUUUUACCUCUUCUUCAACGAGUUCCGACUCGAGACCCACGUAAGACGCGGGCAUGAAGAAUCAAUCAACGAUAGAAACGACCGCGCCGUUCGUACCGUGGCAAAAUGGUACCAGGAACAUCUUCGCCAUUCGGCAAAGAAGAGCAAGAGAGAAAGCUCUAUCCCUGCCAUAGUCGUCAUUACGGAUGACAAAGGGAACCUUCGCAAGGCCAAAGAAGAAAAUGUCACCGCGCUCACCCUUUCAGAUUAUGUUGCUGGACUCGAGGAUUCUGAGAAACUGUUGGACAUGAUCAGUGAGGCACGUGAGGCUCGGGACACCAAAGGCUCUGCCCGCGGAGAGUUAUUCUACCCCGAAUAUUAUUCCAUGUCCAAACUGAUGACUGGGUUAAGAGCCGGUACUCUCCAUCAAGGAGUGUUCAAUGUCUCCCCCUACAACUAUCUGGAGGGAACUAUCAAGGUCCCUGCUUUUGAUAAGCCCCUCUUGAUUCUGGGUCGUGAUAACAGCAAUCGUGCCAUUGCCGGUGAUGUUGUGGUCAUUGAGCUGCUACCCAAGGAUCAAUGGAAAUCACCCUCAACUAAAAUUGUUGAUGAGGAAGCGGUGACGAAGAACGACAAUCCAGACACAGAUGAGAGCGAGGCUGUGGUGACGGACCGGGAGCGCAAGGCUCUGCAAGAGGAGGCGAAGCAGGCCCAUGGGAAAAACUCAGAGGGCAAGCCGCAGCCGACCGCCAAAGUGGUUGGUAUUAUCAAGCGCAACUGGCGCCAAUACGUGGGGCACGUCGACUCAAACUCAACGGCCUCACACUCUGGGCGGCGGCAGCAGACAGUCUUUGUCCUACCGAUGGAAAAGAGAGUUCCGAAGAUCAGAGUGCGCACAAGACAAGCUAGCGAUCUGCUCGGUCAACGCAUUCUUGUCACCAUCGAUUCAUGGGAUCGGGAUUCUCGGUACCCUACUGGCCAUUUUGUCCGUUCACUAGGUGAGCUGGAGACCAAAGCUGCCGAAACCGAGGCUCUGCUUCUCGAGUACGAUGUUCAAUACAAGCCUUUCCCUAAGUCUGUUUUGGAUUGCUUACCUGCAGAGGGGCACGACUGGAAGGUGCCCGUCUCCAAGGAGGACAAGGGCUGGAAUGGUCGACGCGAUCUACGAGACCUUCUGAUUUGCAGUAUUGAUCCACCUGGUUGUCAGGAUAUUGACGAUGCGCUGCAUGCGCGCGCCCUACCGAACGGCAACUUUGAGGUUGGCGUUCAUAUUGCUGAUGUUUCCCAUUUCGUGAAACCCAACAAUCCUAUGGACCUCGAAGCAAGUGUUCGUGGCUCUACAGUGUAUCUGGUUGACAAGCGCAUCGACAUGCUUCCGCACCUUCUUGGCACAGAUCUGUGUUCAUUGAAGCCCUAUGUUGAGCGUUAUGCCUUUUCAGUCCUCUGGGAAGUCACCCCUAACGCCGAAAUUGUGUCUUCAACCUUUACCAAGUCGGUGAUCCGCUCGCGCGAGGCGUUCAGCUAUGAGCAGGCUCAGCUGCGCAUUGACGACCCGUCUCAGAAGGAUGAGCUCACAGAGAGUAUGCGGCACCUCUUGCGAUUCUCCAAGAUUUUGCGGCAGAAGCGUUACGAUGCCGGUGCUUUGAAUUUGGCUUCGCCCGAAGUGCGAAUCGAGACCGGCGAUGAAGCUGGCGAUCCUCUGACUGAUGUGAAAACCAAAGCCAUGUUGGAAACCAAUAGCUUGGUCGAGGAAUUCAUGCUUCUCGCCAACAUCACGGUAGCCACGAAGAUUUAUGAAUCGUUCUCUCAAACUGCUCUUCUGCGUCGUCACGCCACCCCACCUCCCCAAAACUUUGAAGAUCUGAUCAAUCAGCUAUCAAAGAAGCGAGGCAUGGAACUCGACGUCUCGAGCUCCGGUGCGCUGGCAAGCUCCCUCGACCGCUGUGUUGACCCGGAGAAUCCCUUCUUCAACACCUUGGUUCGUAUUUUGGCCACUCGUUGCAUGACCUCCGCCGAAUACUUCUGCGCAGGUGCCCAUGCCGAGUCCGAAUUCCGCCACUACGGUCUUGCUUCCCCGAUUUACACCCACUUCACCUCCCCCAUUCGUCGGUAUGCUGAUCUAGUCGUCCAUCGGCAACUUGCCUCCGCCAUCGGGUACGAGGGCGAGGACGGCACUGCCGUCAAUGAGGGUGUCAGUACUCGUGGCAAGCUCGAAGACAUCUGCCGCAACAUUAAUUACCGACACCGCAAUGCUCAGUUUGCUGGGCGCGCCAGUAUUGAGUAUUAUGUUGGGCAGGCCCUCAAGGCCCGUGGCGAGAAGUUGGCCGCAGGUGGCACCGACACAGGAAUCGAUGAGGAGGGUUAUGUGAUGCGCGUGUUUGAAAAUGGUGCGGUCGUUUUCGUGCCACGCUUCGGUAUCGAAGGCGUGGUACGCCUGGAGGACUUUGUCUUGCCCGGCGAAUCGGGCUCAUAUUCCGUCGCUGAUCGGAGGGAACUGGCAGUUCAUCGCACGACGGAUUUCGACAGCGAAGAAUACACGCUUCGCGUGUCGGAAAAGAACCACGCCGAGCCGGACCGGAGUGUCCUGGUGGAGCUUUUCCAGAAGGUCAAGGUGAAUGUCAGCUCGGUCAAGGAAGAGGGCCGUGGCGCUGGCAAGCGUCGGGUCCGUGUCUUGGUCACCGGUUCUUGA